AUUUUGUAACCCAAAACAUAAUAUUCUUUUUAUUUUGUUCCCCACCUUGAUGUGAGUAUAAGAUCAAUUAGUAAGUAAUUUAUCAACCCAAUUGAUAUCUCAAUGAAAUUUUUUGGAAAAUCAUGAACCAGUUACAAAGAUCAAUUAAAAUUGAUCCAGAGGACUUGCAAUCCGCAAAUUUGCAUGACGAAACAUACAUAGAAAUACAAGACGGAUGGGUGACUCUUAGAGAGUUGAUCAGUGCUACUCAGAAUUUUAGCCCUGACAAAGAAAUUGGCAGGGGAUGUUUCGGAGUUACAUACAAGGCUGAACUGCAAGACUUUCAGGUUGUUGCUGUGAAGAAACUGAAAUUUCGUCCUGAACUUAAUUUGAAUAUGACAAGGAAUGAAAUUGAGUCCUUAAAAUUGUUGAACCAUGAGAAUGUUGUUCAGUUGUUGGAUUUCUAUUCAAGCCCAAAUUUGACAUUUUUGGUUUAUGAGUACAUUUCAGGUGGCUCCCUUAAUGAAGCCUUACAUGGACACAGCAAUUUUAUGCUUAAUUGGAAAACAAGAUUUGAAAUCUGUCUUGGAAUUGCUAAGGGUCUUAUGUAUCUAAAUUCCAAAUCUGUUGUGCAUGACAAUAUCAAAUCCUCUGAUAUUCUGCUCACUGAAACUCUCGUGCCUAAAAUAUCAAAUCAAUUCAUGCUCAGUGGAUGUAAGGAUUCAGAACAUGUCCAGAAGAACGAUACGGUGGAAAAAAAGGAUGUAUACAGUUAUGGAAUACUCUUACUAGAGAUAGUUUCAGGGAAGGAAGUCACACAAUAUCAAGAAAAUGAUAAUUCUGUUUUUCUUUUAGACAAGUUACUUAAUUGUCGAAACAUUACAGGCUUUGGAUUUACAUGCCAAGGAAAAAUUAGCGGACUUGGUCGAUGGAAGACUGCCGAAUUAUGACGAGCAGCAAGCUUCCAGUAUUUUGAAUUUGGCAAUUAUUUGCACCAAUUUGUUGCCUAGUCUUAGGCCUGCAAUGCAUGAGAUUGUUAUGGUACUAGAAGCUGAAAAAACCAUUGAUCAGAUUUAAUUUCUGAAGUUUACAAUACAAUCUCUCUGCUUCACUUUUGAGAAGCUGUUGUGUGAUCAAUAUAUUUUUCAUUGAAAAUACUUACCUAAAUCCAAUGUAGUACAUUUAUAAAUUGAAAAUAAAGUACAUAUAAAAUAUUUAUAUACAUAGACAAGUUUUUUUUUUAUU